UUGCCCGAGAUUCCACCCAAGAUUUACAGGAAGGUCAAAUACAGGACAGAGAAUCAAAAUAAAGGGAAGUCUUCGGCAGACAGCUAAAGACUGGACAUUGCCGCGUAUUUUCUUUCUCUCUGAUAGGACACUUUCAAGGUACAAACUUGUAGCGUUGUGGCAUUUCUUUCACCCGCUUUUAUAAGUCAUUCAGUCCCAUUGAGUACUGUUCCAAGGAACGAGAAAGCCCAAGAGUAGAAGGGAAUAAUGGAGAUGACGAAGGUUGUCACAAAGAAAUCAAAACAGCUUAAGAAGAAAAGGACAGCUAACAAAGCUAUGCAAGAAGUCAAUGAUGAAGGAAAUCCAUAUGCACUUGUGGAGGGUCCAUAUGAAGAAGCAGAUGGAUCAAGUCACUACUCGGCACUACAAAAGCCACCUGAGGAUAUAUAUUCCAGCAUUUCGGAAACAGCAAAAAAGGCGCAAGAUACUGCAAAGUGUUACCGAGUCAUAUGCUUGAUCCUGAGCAUGCUCUGCUUGAUACUGCUGGCUGCCAUUGUGGUCAUUGUGAAAAUUUGUCCCGUGAACCAAGUCAGGUGGGUUCCAGAGAGAUGCAACAAGGAGCAGUGCAGCACUUUUACGCCUCAAGAUGAACACCGAUGUAACUGCUGCUUCAUCUGCCCCAUCGGGUGGACGAGAGUUGACCAAUCCUGUUUUUUCUUCUCCACGUUCACUCUGAGCUGGGACAAGAGCGGGACGCACUGUUUGGAGCAAGGUGGCUCACUGGCCUUGAUCGAUAAUGACGAAGUGCAGAACUUUCUGACUCAAAGGGGGAAUGGCUUGAAAUACUGGAUCGGUCUGGGACCUCAAGGGAGCAUGACACCCAGUUACUGGAGCCGGAAACCGUCAUUCGGAAAUUGUGUUGUUCUGGACAGCAGCGGUCCCGCUGACAGCAACUGGAUGAAGUCAGACUGCGGCUCCAACAAUUUCUUCAUCUGUCAGUUGUAGAUCUGAACUGGACAUCAUUAGUUCAAAACAAACAAGAGAUGCUUUGCAAGUUGUGUUACGUAGCACUGUAUAUUAUCAGGCAUGUGCGAGUAUGACAUUCUGACGGUAUGAUGACCUUAAGCCAAAAUAGACCCCACUCACAUGACGUCACAACAACACCUCUGCGCCAUAUUGUCCGUCAGCUCGUCGUGUUUAUGCAUUAAUGCUAUGUAAAUUCCUCUUAUUAUGGUGUGGUUUUCUGCUCGUUACCAUUAAUAAUCAAAAUGGUGAAGGCGUGUGUGGCGAUUGGUUGCAGUAACAGAGAAGAUAGACGGAGAGACUUGAAGUUCUACCGUAUUCCGAGAGACCCGCAGAGGAGAGCGAGAUGGACUGCUGCAAUUCGACGAGAAAACUCGGCACCAAACGCUCACCACAGACUAUGUAGUAGUCAUUUUAUACCUGGUAAGAUGCAUUUUAUAUUUAUUUAGAGGGUUUUGGGCUGACAAAAACAAAAACACAAUUAAGAUCAUUGCGAGGCUAAUCGCCGACAACAUACAGUUUCAAAUUCAAGAUGUUUAUUUCUUCCGCCUUCAUUAUUUUUUGAAUAAUAUUUAGCUGGUACCAAGUGAAAAAAGCUGGCCUGGUCUACGGAUCAUCAGGUAAACAGGGGUGUCCAAACUUUUUGCAAAGGGGGCCAGAUUUGGUGUGGUAAAAAGGUGGGGGGGGCUACCUUGACUGAUUUACGUAGAACAAUAUAUUUAAACAAUUUUUAGCAAGCCCUUCUGUGUGUCCCAUUUGCUUUAUUAUUAUUUUUUUUUAAUUCAUAAUUUCAACAAUCUCACCUUUGUGGCGUUCUCUUUCGACACUCGGGCUCUUGCGAAAUACUGCUGCUGUGAAAUUAAACUAGCUUCAAGUUGCUAUAAUUUCUUGCUGCGUAUCUUCCUUGUAAUGUUGUCAUACAUGACAGCGUGUCUUGUUUGGUAAUAUCGCGUCACAUUGAACUCUUUGAAAACAGCGACUGUCUCUUUGCAAAAGAGGCAGACACAGUUGUUGCGUAUUGUAUUGAAGAAAUAGUCCAAUAUCCACCUAUCCUUGAAGCGUCGGCAAUCGCAGUCAACUUUUUUCUUUAUUGAUUGUCGCCA